AUGUUAUACUAUCUCAUUCAGUUGGUCGCCGAGUACAUCCUGAUGUUUAUACGAAACCUUGUUUUCCGUGAACUUACGUCGACAAGCAAAAAUUUCGAUGACGCGAGUUCCAAAAUACGAAACGUCACAUCGCAACAGUCCGCCGAUGUUUUAGUCUUUUUCGCUAUUUGUGGAGUCUUCUUCGCGUUUAUGAUCCUGUCUGCAAGCACACCCAAAAAUCAAGUAUCGAGUUAUGAUACGAGCAACAUCGAAACAAUUUCUACCGCUUUUGAGGAAGACCCGUCCUGGUAUUCAAGUUCCUCAAGCACGAACUCGAUGAACUGCUUUCACGCUUGCGGCGACUCGAUUGGUUCAUCGCGUGACAUCGUUUCUGGAGUGCAAGAUCUUCCGUGCCCACCCGUUUGCGAAAACAGAAUAUCACCGCGGUCUGGAACUUCGAGUCAUAACGUGCGUCACUCCAGUCACUCUCAGAAUUUAAAGAAAAGACGACUGAACCAUCUCGUUUCUCAGACGAUACCUCAAGAAUGGUUAAUAAGACGUACUAGAAGCGGUCACAUUUAUGGAAAAUAUCCGACACAAGAAGAAUAAAGAGGAACGCAAUCACGCUAAUGACAAACCGAAGCUUGAAUGUCAAAGUCAAAACGAACGAAAAAUUUAUUCUUUAUUGAAAACAAUCUGUUAUUUGAUUCGAGACAAAAAUGUCCGGCAAGAAUCUCGACACUUAUCCACCACGUGAACCACUCUCUUGACGUGAAUGAUUAUAACAAGUAUAAUUGUAAUUUGUUUUCGAUGAUUAUAACUUAUUUUCUUUGUUGGCAUUUCUAUCGGCUUUUUAUCGAUGCAAUAUAUCGCGAUUGCGCUUCUUUCGAGAUUAUCCUUUUUACAUUUUUAUCGCAAUCUUUAGAGCGUAUCGCGCAUAUAUCACUAGAUGUGUAAUGUUUGUGCGCGUAUUAUAUGUUUGUAAUUGGCUCAUAGCAAACAUUAAUAAAUGUUUUAUGAUUCGACCAUUUUUACCGAUUGAUUCUCAACAUUUUCAACGGCGAUUAGUCUUUUCGACGUGCUCGUUAUCGAUAACGAUACACAUUUUACGUAUAUUCAAACUCGACGGUUUAUUGCGUUUGUCUGCAUUACCCGUCAUAAAAUGGUAGUCCGCCUUAUCAGCCGCCAUGGAUAGCCUUUCGUUAGGAUUAUGUAGGUUUAACGUAAAGAUUCAAUUCGAUAACACGAGGAGGGGAAAGGUACUAUUGGCGUUUGCAAUUAAGGAUGCAUCAGGAAUGUGUUCGUUCGUCAAACAUGCUGGAAUCUUUUUUUUAUAAAAUUAUUCGUAACAACAUAAUAACACGAGGAUAAAAAUGCAAUAUGUAAUUUCCGAGAUAACGCAGCGUUGCGCAAAUACAAAUUAUGAUCGCUGCGUUAAUUUUGUGUCGCAACGAGUCCUGCGGUUGACUACUUCAAUACGAAUCCAAUCAGUUGCAUGAACGCAGCAUGAUAUAUUAUCUGACUCAUCCGUAUUUCAUUAUCGUUUCAUGACGCCAGAGAUGUCUGUCAGUGGAGUAAACCGGAUAAACAUCGCCAGAAACUGAAAGCGGGGAAUCACCUCUCCGGUUGUGCAGGUGAUUGUAAGUCACUGGAAACGUCACAUUGUUACAAUAGAUAUACACUGUGUCAAGUUAUGCUGCGAACAAAGAAGUUUAGAACACAUUUCAUGUACUUUUAUAACAAGCCAAGCCUUUAUUUAAUUAUUUAUUUCAUGCUAUUAUAAUUUUAAUUUACUAAUUAUGCAUAGAAAUAAAUUAUUAUUUUCUAAUGAAUAACUCUCAUUAUCCAAAAUAAAUAAAUAAAUAAGAUAGAUCCGUGGUGGAAAAUAUUCCUCGAACAGCUGAUACCGAUCGAUCGGCCGGCACAUAAGGCACAUUGUUGCGGGACAAAACCAUAGCAACGUCGGGGAAACAAAACCCCACCAACGACAGGUAGUGCAGUUCUAUCCACAUUCGUCGUCAUACAGACCCUGCGAGCGAUCGUCGAAGGACGCGCGAAUGGACGUUCCUUGGCGAUGGACCUUAAGGACAGC